CAAAGAAACUUAUUUUUCUCUUGCAGUUAUCUUGAUGAUUUGGAGCGUAUCAUAUCAUCGGACUUCUUACCGACCGAGCAGGAUAUUCUUAGGGCUCGAGUACCAACCACUGGGAUCAUUGAGUACCCCUUUGAUCUGGACUCAAUCAUCUUUAGAAUGGUAGAUGUGGGUGGUCAGCGAUCUGAGCGACGGAAGUGGAUCCAUUGCUUUGAGAACGUUACUUCUAUUAUCUUCCUUGUUGCUCUCUCUGAAUAUGAUCAGAUUCUCUUUGAAUCUGACAAUGAGAACCGAAUGGAGGAAUCCAAGGCCCUCUUCAAGACUAUCAUCACCUACCCUUGGUUCCAGCACUCUUCUGUUAUCCUUUUCCUUAAUAAGAAGGAUCUGUUAGAAGAGAAGAUUAUGUAUUCACAUCUUGUGGACUAUUUUCCAGAAUAUGAUGGAGAGAAACAGGAUCAUAUUGGGGCACGUGAAUUCAUUCUCAAGAUUUAUCUAGCCCAAAAUCCAGAUCCCGACAGAAUGUGUUACUCUCAUUUUACGUGUGCUACAGGCCCAAGGAAGGAUGCCAUUGCAGCGCGAGAGUUCAUCCUACGGAUGUUUGUAGAAUUAAAUCCUGACCCUGAGAAGAUAAUCUAUUCCCAUUUCACAUGCGCGACAGACACUGAGAACAUAAGGUUCGUCUUCGCUGCUGUAAAAGAUACGAUCCUGCAGCUAAAUCUAAAAGAAUACAACCUGGUGUAACGAUGAGCUAUGCCCAGCUGGCUGAGUGUGUACACUAGGUGAAGUGACAGCAUAUCCCCUUCUCCAAUAAGGGGCUGUCGGCUAAGGGUAUCACUUCAUCACCCUUACAUGGACGUUAUAACAAGUUCUGUAAACAAGGCAGUCACAUUUGCAUCUACAAAGUCAUAUUCAGUGUCCCAAGAAAUAAAGGCUCUGUGCUUUUAUUUUUUUGUUUAUUUAUACUUUUUUUAUAACAUUUCCAAAGAUUGUGUGGGCCUUGAUAUUACUUCCAAGCCAAGCUAUCCUUUUUGGGACAGCUUUAACUGUUUGCAAAUAGCCUAAUUAGGUGAUGUUUUGAUGCCAUAUGGCCUUGAAACUUUCAGAUAUGUAGUUCCAAUUCAUGUCAUGUACGCCAUUUCCAGUCUUAAGUUGCGUACAGUGUCUGUUAAUCCAAAGUCUUACACACCUGGACGGGGUAAAUGAAUUAGUCCAAUGCCAUGACUAGUUCCAUAUGACUGUUAAAGUGCUGCCAGAAUGGCUGCCCCUACCCUCGUCCUGUGCUCAUUACCAACGCUGCCAACGAGCCUAGUGCUCACUGGUCGUAAAGGUGCUCCUUAAGCCCCAGUUCACAUGUGUGGAUGUGUGUGUUGAUUAAGACACAGCCAGCUGCUGCUACAUGUACAUAACUUGGAGCUGAUGCUAGUAUGUAUGCUGAUGAACAUCAUAGGUGAACUGACACACUCCACAACUAACGAAGUACUGCUCCAACCAAUUUUUCUUUCCUUUACAAGAAAGUUUGCUUGCCUUGCAGGUGAUUGUUAGGAUGUUUUGUGUUGGUGACUUUUGUAUAUUACACAUAAAAACAUUAUGUGGUCUAACGUUCAUCUUUAGUGUGUGAUAUUCUGUAGUUGAUAAUGAGUGGAGAUAUCCAUUAUGUAUAGGCCUGCAAAGUUUCCUGGGGGUUAAAGAAGAAAUUAGUGUUGGCUACCAAAACUUUAUGCACCUCCAAUGUUAUGCAUCUGAAUGCAAAGUGUUCAGAGCACUGAAACCAACUCUGAUGUAGCAGUCAAAUACAGUGAGUCCUAUGGCGUCCAAAGUGUGAAAAAUACAGUACUGUACAUGAGUAUGAAUGGAUAGGACAAGAGAAAAGAGAUUACAAAGUAGAAUAUCUGCAGUGACAAGAAAUAAGUACUACAGUGCUCUGCAACUACUGCCCUGUUAAUAAAAUCUGAAUAAUUCAGAUUUACUGUAUUAAUUGCUGCUGUACAUUGGAACUGUGUCUAUCCCUGCAUGGGCAUAAGUGCUUGUGAUAUGUUGGUGGUAGCAAACAUGGCUUUUACAUGUCUCAUAAGGUAACCUUUCCUAUCUGAUGAAGGCCAAAUCAGGUACUGACAAUACCCACAAAGUGACACAGAAGUUAAUAGGCGAGGUGCUACAGACUACAAGCUCUGAAAUAUCAACUGUUGCCUCGAAAAGUGCAAUUCAAAGUUAGCUAACUCGGAGCUGAGACUUAAGACUCUUGUGGCUUAUGCGAAAGUGAGCCUAGACCGGUAUUUUUGAGUAUCACUAGCCAUUUACUGAUAAUCAUGCUUGUAUGUGACGUGUGUUCAAUGCAACCUGGGCACAAGGGUGUGCCGGCAAAUGUGUCCAUUACUGUCUUCAAUGAUGGCAUGUUAAUUAUUGAUAAAAAGUGAUGGUGGUGAUUGUUGAAUGAUGGUGAUUGUAGAUGGAAGCACUAGUCAGUAUGGGUGUGGGUGAACCCAGUUGCCCACUGCUCAUGUUACUUGUAUAUAUGUGUCUGUAAUAAUAACUAUUAGGUGUAUGGGUGCUGAGAAGGCUGGCAAAAACCUCAAUGGAUUGCCAGUGAAGAGAAGGUAGUGAGUGGGCACAUGCAGAGAGUAAAUGAAAAAGCCAUGGACAAAAACUUUCAAAAAGCUUGGCACACCCUAGCAAAAGGGCUGUGUGCAAAUUCUAGUCUCUUGUGCCAUCAGGUGUUUCUUACUAGACGGGCCCAUUCUGUUUUGGGCUGGUCUGAACCUGGCCAUCGUGGCAGACAAACACGGAUCAGCUGGUCAGGGAGAGAAAACCCAUAAAUGACAGCUGAGCAGAGCAGGCAAAGUUGUUCAUGACGAAACUUUGUCUGCAGCGUAGACUUAGCUCAAUUCCCAGCCAUGUGAGGUACGAUGAGAUGUACGCAUGGCCCGUGUGCUUCUGCUUACAGGUUCUGCCAUGUUUGUUGGGCUGCUUGUAUAAUUAGUAGAGACUAUUGUAAUUACACACAGCCCUUGAAAAAGAGCCUUUACCUUCCAAUCGUUUGUACACUUGUUGUUAUAUUCUAUUAACUUCAGGUUGCAUUUUGUCUAUUGUUUGUAGUAUGUACAGAACCAGUAAGGUAUUAUUUUUAUUCAUUAUCAUUACUUUUAUGGACUGGAAAGAAUGUGUUGACAAGUAAUUAUCAAUGAUGUGUAUUCAAAAAGACUUGUACUAAGGUUUAAAGAAACUGAAAACCCCGUAUGUACCAAAGUAUAACUUGACUUUAUUUUUGAAGUGGCCGAUAUGUUGCACGCGGCAGCAGUGGGCGGGAAGGCAACCACAAUGCCACCCUACCUGCCACCUUGCCCUGGUUUAUAGCUUUUAGUCUUGCCUCCCGCCUUGCCCGCCCUGGGUCUUCCCCUGGCCCUGGGGGGCAUGGCGGCUUAGGCCCCAGGGCAUCAGUGGCAUGGGGGGGCCAAGGCCCCAGUCUCCCCCCUGAAGGACCCCGGCCCCUCCCUGGCCUGUUGUUAUUGACGGGAUGUCGCCAUUUCUAGCCAAGAAAUGGCUACAAUUGACAACAUCUUGCCUUGCCUUCUUCCUACUGCCUAACCAUCACUCAGCGGUGACUGGUUGGACAUAGGUGUGUGGGCAGAAGAUGGCAUAACCUUAAGGUCAACAAACCCACUUCUGCCUACACCACCGCCCGUCUUCCGCGUUGCUUCACCCACACCAACUCGGCUCACUACUAUCUACUAAGCUUCAGAUUAAAAGAAUAAGGAGGGAUUUGUGUUUUAAGAAUAAAUAUUUAUUGAAAUGAA